UCUCCCGCCAGCGGUGGGGACGGGGCCCCUCGAUUCAGAAAGGACACUGAGGUGCUGCAGCGUGUCCAGAGAAAGGAAAAGAGGCUGGUGAAGGGACUAGAGCACAAAUCCUGUGAGAAGCGGCUGAGCGAGCUUAGUUUGUUCAGCCCGGAGGAGAGUCAGGGGAGACCUUAUCACUCUCUACAACUACGUGAAAGGAGAUUGUAGCCAGGUGGGGCUCGGCCUCUUCUCCCAGGCAACCAGUGACAGGACAAGAGGAAAUGGCCUCAAGCUGUGCCUGGAGAGGUUUAGGCUGGACAUCAGGAAGAAUUUCUCCACAGAAAGGGUGAUUAGACAUUGGAAUGGGCUGCCCAGGGACGUGGUGGAGUCACCGUCCCUGGAGGUGUUUAAGGAAAGAUUGGACGGGGCACUUGGUGCCGUGGUCUAGUUGAUACGUUGGUGAUCAGUCAAAGGUUGGACUCGAUGAUCUCUUUUCCAGCCUAAAUGAUUCUGUGAAGCAGUGAAAGUACAGCACACCCGUGUGCUGGCCGGGCGUGCUGUACCCAGGGUGAGGGCACUGAGCAGCUGCUGCAGAGGCACGGCCAGGCAAAUGUGGAGCGUUCCCCUGCUCCCUGCUGUGGGCACAGGUGUUGGUAGGCAGCUUUUCCUUGAAGACCUAGUACAGCUGCUCUGUAGAUUCUUACUGAAAUAAGAGCCUGGAUUUAAAACAAAGAGGCAGUUCAGAGGGGUGUGGAACAUCAUGGCGAAUCUUCCCCUGUUCCUCACAAGGGACACAGUCCUCGGAGCGCCUCUCUGAAGUCCUAAUGAAUCGUCUCGGUGAUGAGUGGUGCCUGCCUUGGGCAGAUAUGCAGUGUUCACGGCAGAUCACAGGCCGCUGCAGGGACCAGAUAACACAUGCAGUUCUGGCUCCCACCUUCUCCCCCAAGUUACCCUAUUAUGUGGUCACCAUUCCUGUUUGGAAGGAGGUGUCUUAUUGUAAACAGACUAUAUGAACUUGACAAUUCUCACACUUGAAAAACUUAACUAUCUUCUUGCGUACUGCUUCUUUAUGAUCCGGUUAGAAGUAUUGAAACCAUGAGAUCUUUCAGGAGCCUAAUAUUAGCCUUUUCUUCUGUAAAUGUAUAAAUUAUCCAGAAGAGUUCUUGUAGAAGAGGAAGAAGUUUUUUGAAUAUUUGAUCUUUGCAAACCACAUUGAUUUAAUCAAUCUAUUAUACAGUAUUUCAGUUAAACAGAAGAACAACAUUUUUGGGAAUUCUUCUUAAGGCAGCUAAGAGAAUAUACAGUUAAAUGUUACACUAAGAAUUACAUAUGCAGGUUGAGAAAACAGUAAUAAGUUACAAAAAGUUACAAGAAAGUUACAUGAAAGUUUUUUCAGUAGGUUAAUGCAAAUAAAGUUAUUUUUUGGGAUGGCGGUUGUCUUUCCAAGACAUAGGGCUUCAGAAUACUGGAACACUUUUGCAUUGCUCAGUCUGCUAAGUAUGAAUACUAAUAAUUCAGUUACAUAAUAUUUUGAUGACCUUAACUUUGUCUCUUUGUUUCAUUCUUGCCAGUGUAGCUUUCAGCUUUCAUCCCGUGUGGGAGAUGUACCAGGAAGCUGCUUAAAGGGCUAAAUAUUUUUGGGAUUCUUCAUUAUUCUUUGCUACUGUUGAAGCAGUAGCGUAGUAGAAUAAAUUAUGGUUCAGGAAAAAUGUAUGCCGAAGACAAUACAGGAGCAGCGGAGCAUAAAACGCGGAGCUUCUGGUGAGCAAGGAGUACAAGGAAAGAGACGAUGUCUUCUGAAACAGUCCAGCAGGAAGGUCAGACACCUCCAAGAAAGCAAUUUGGAUGGCCCAUGUUCUUUUGCCCCACCUCCCAAAUUAAAGAUGCUGGAGAAGUUGCAAGGAUCCGUAAGGAAUGCAAACAGGAAAGUUUCUGGUACAGAGCUCUUCCUUUGUCUCUCGGGAGCAUGCUUGUCACCCAGGGGCUAAUCUCCAAAGGCGUUUUCUCAGCAAGUCCGAGAUUUGGUCCAUACCCCAAGAUGGCAAUUGCUGGUAUCUUAGGUUUUGCUAUUGGAAAGAUGUCAUACUUUGGAGAAUGCCAAAAAAAGUUCGAGAAAAUUGGUAUGACACCAUUUGGUCCACAACAAAAAAGACGGUGUCAUCAUGCUUGCAAGGAAUGUAAAGCAAAACCGGGAUCAAGUGAGAAAGAAGGUUCAAUUCCUUCAGCGUCUUAGUCCAGAUGUGGCGAAGAUGAUAAAGAUCUUACGGACCAGCUUCUUUCAAGGCACUUUUGUGUAGAGAAGAAAUAAUAGUUUUGCGAUUCUAUGUCUUUGAUUUGAUGUAAAUUGACUUAUUUGAAGUAGUUGCAUAUUGUUCUGUUGCAUAGUUCUGUUCAUGCUAAAUACCAGUUUUUUGUAAUGCACUUUUUGAAAUACACUCCUCUCUUCUCAGCAUGAUCUGGUUUAUUUUCUUCCCUCUGAUGCAAUUUAGCUCUUAGUGCUGAAAAAUUAAAUUUGUCUGUUGUA